AUGCCAGGUGGCAAAGGCGGCGGUGGUGGUGGUAAGGGAGGCGGCGGUGGAUGUGGUGGUGCUAAAAGUGGCGGUGGUGGCGGCGGUUCUGCCAAGGGGAGUGGUAGUGGUGGCGGCGGAGGGUCAAUGAAGGCGCCAGGUGGCGGCGGCGCGUACAUUUCAAGGGGAGGCUUUGAGAGUAACCCACAGGGUUACUUCUCUGGUCUCCACUCUGGAGAAAAGGGGAAAUGA